AUGUGUCUUAUCAAUGUUCUUUAGUUUCGCCAGUUCGUUCAAGGUCUUCCACCUACCCGUUCACCCCUAUUGCACUCGACUUUCAGUACAUUGUGCUGCUUGGGUUGUGUCUUGGGGGAACUUUUGCCAGAACACCCAUUGGCAUGACAGGUAGCAAAGACUGUCAGCCACUGCUCCGUAUCUGCCUGGCAAGUAUGUGUCAGUGAACACAAAAUUCAGAAGAUGAGGCUCCGGAUGACUCUGGGCCUUUUGAUGAUGCUGCUUGCAGUGUCGUACGGCCAGAAAGUCGACAUGGAAGACAAUGAAUUCGCAGAGUUCGAAGAGUUUGACGAAGAAGAGGUUCCUGCGGAGCAGGAGGUUCACAAGGGAGAUGCGAAAGCACAGGCAGCGCAACAGAACGAUGAAGACGAAGAAGCUAAAGUCGAAGAAGAAGGGGAAGAAGAAUUUGACCACUUUCAGGACGAAGAGGAAUUUGAAGGCCUGGAUCAAGAGAAACAGCCUAGGCCGAAGUCGAGUGAUAGGCCAGAUCUGAAAAUUGCUAAGGUGCCACUGCACUUGCGCAGCAACUGGGAAAGCUUUUAUGUUGAAUUUGUGAUGAUUGCCGGCCUUCUGGUCUACUUCAUCAACUUUGUGGCAGGCCGCAACAAGAAUCAUCGUCUGGCCAUGGCCUGGUACAACAGCCACCGGAAGCUGCUCGAAGAGAACUUCAGCCUCGUUGGCGAUGACGGGAAGCAAGAGAUAGAGCAGACGGGGCCAUGCAAGGAUUCCGAGAGCGUGUACACGCUUUGGUGCAGCGGUCGCGUGUGCGUAGAAGGGAUGUUGGUGGAGCUGCGUUUCCUCAAACGGCAGGACCUUGUCGGAGUGCUCUCCAGGCUGGCGAGGCCCGCGUCAGACCAAAUUAUUGUAAAGGUUACAAUGAGCCCACUAUCCAUGGACAACUUUGUGAUGUGCAUUGCAAACAAGGCUGGAGCUAAAAUGAUGAAAAACAUGGCAGACCUGAGCACCUACUGUCCAGAGAAGAAGAAACCGGAGAAGUAUGGCCUGCCGUCGGGCUUCACUGUCAUGACAGAAAUGGGCGAAGUAGUCAAUGCAAUGCUAGAUCCCAAGGUGAUGUCUGUCAUUCACAAGUACGAAGACUGCAUUGACUACAUCCAUAUGUCUGACCAGUAUUCAGGGCCUCGAAUACAAGAGGACACCCAACCAACCAAACUACCUGAAGUGAAGAAGGUGCUCCUGUUUGGAUUUAGUGUUCCUGGGAAGGGCCAUGUGACUCCCGAGGUCAUGGAGUCUAUGAAACCACUCCUCCAACUUGUUUUCUACUGCGUUGAGAAGGUUCGCCGCUUCAAGCUGAGCAAAGAGGCUAAGUUGAAGAGUGACAAGAAUCGCCUGAAGGUGGAGGAGGAGUUUCUGAAGACAACGCACACCCAGCGGCAGGAAGCGGCACAGCAGAAACGCGAGGAGCGUCGCCGCGUUGAGAAGGAGAGGAUCAUGAAUGAAGAAGACCCCGAGAAGCAGCGCAAAUGGGAGGAGCGCGAGCACCGCAGGGAGCUGAAACGCAGGACUCCAAAGAUGAAGCAGCUCAAGGUGAAGACUCUCUGAAGUGAGUCUGCAGUGGUUACCCAACUUCCAUCUGUUAGGACUGAAAAGUGUUCUUUUGUCCAUCGCUUCCCGGGUCUGCUUCGUCACAUUUGUUGCUUCCAAAACGCUCAAGGGACAUUUCAACAGGGUUGUGUUUGACGCACAAAAAAAGGCUAAUUAUCCUCGUUAAAUUAAUCCAUUUGACUCACAGCGCCACGAGCCAUGCCACGUUGAUGACGCCGUUCCGGAUGGAUGAUUUUCUGGACAUCUGCUGUGUAGAAUGUCCACCGUACCAAUCUGCUUGCCUGAAAUAUGGAUUGUUGUAUAGUGUGAUCCGGUGUAGGAUAGGUAAUGUUUCGGUCUCCAUUUGUGGCGUAGUGAAUUGAGUGAGGUUUGUACACAUAAUUACUCGAAUACUAAUUGAAUAAUGUUUCUUUGUGACGUAUGACUCGUUGGAUGUCCACUGCGUGAUCCUGUUGUGUGUGUGUUUUUGAGGUCGCUGGACGUUCAUUGGAUGUUCCUCUGAUAUCAGCCAAUGGAUCAUGUAAGAACAAGGUGGGGUCACCUCAACGUAACAUAGACUCAAAUGAUCAAAUAAAUGUAAGACAACAGUAACAAAUGUAUGUCAGAUCAUAAUAGUUGAAGGUAAGAUAGGCUAAUCAAAGCUGAAUGCCACAUAACUGUACUCAAAAUCACAAUUACUUAUUUUCAUAACAAUCAAUGGCAAUUUGAUUCUGUGAUCAGUAUCAAUGUUAGGUGUGAUCGCGCACCCUUAAAAAAAAAUAAUUGGGUAUAGUUUUUCAGCGGUUGAGUCCAAUAACAUAAGAUUUUUGUACGUCAGGUAUUGUGGUUGCAGUCUGAGAUUCUGCGGUGAUCUUUUGCAGAGGGAAAUUUUCGGGCACCUGUAUAUUUUCAUUGUCUCCUAACAUUUAGGUGUUGUAAUCAGGACAGUGUGUCUCUUCACAAGCUUUGCGCAAGCGACCGAUUUUAGCGGUGCUAAUGUAAAUGUGAGUGCCAAUAUAGUAAAGUAUAUGACUUGUUGGGUUACUUAAAUAGUACAAUACAUUAUUUCCUGUUGUGUUGAAUGGUGUGCUCCAGGUUUUAUUCUCUCCAAAUCCAGGCAUAGAAGAGCAAUAACAAAUCGGUAAACCUUCACAUGUAUUUGACUAUAAGAUGUACCUUUUAUGCAUGUCUUUUCAUGUCCUAGCUGUUCUUUUAGACUUGAGCUACUAGGAUUCAGGGUAUGCUGCUCAGGUGCAUGAAAGCCACUAGUUGUAAUGAGAGAAAUUCACUGUCCUCUACGUUGUGGCACCUGCCUAGCGCAGUUAUGCCUUCGACAGUGCAUAACUUGAGACGUCAGUUGGAUGAAGUUGUUUGUACCCUUUCUUGUUUCACAGAGUCCUGCAGAUACCAUGCAGAUUUGAGCAUUGUCAAAUGAGAUAAAUACCAGACACCAUAAAUAGAACCAGUCAGACUGAAGUAUGUUCAUGAGUGGACUGUGCAAUUCAUGCAUUCCUUUUGUGAAGUGCAAGGAAAAUUCAGAAUUGUUCAAAAAGAAGCAUUCGUGACAGACAUUUGCCGUGCUGUUCCCUGUGUCUUGAAUGAGUGCUGUUAUUUAUUAAGAAUCGUACAGUGAGGCAGGAAGUGUAGAGUGAGUAAAAGAUAUCUGUCAUC